AUGGGCCGCCGCACCAAAUCCAAGUCCGAGUCCACCACCACCACCACCACUUCUUCGUCAGAAUCCAAGACCAGUCGAUCUCUCUCGCCGUCUGGUGAGACAAGGGUAUAUGACUCCCAAUUGCAGGAGCAGGGCGUACCUCUUCAAACCCUAGCAGCUGCAUCGUCCUCCACAUCUCGGUCCACUACAUCAACAACUUCGUCGUUACCGCCACAGCCGACCAAGAAGAGUUCCUCGUCAGCCGAACAAGGCGAGCAGACUUCUUCUGUGGCGCCUCGUCCGUCGCGCCGUUCACGCUCGUCGUCCUCGACUCCCGUACCUGGCCAUGAUCUUGCCUCUACGAGCCUCAACGAGGCAAUAGCAGAGCCGUCUCUUGGCUGUCUUGAUCCCCAGCUCGACGAAGGCGACAUGGCUUCCAAGAAAACGCCUAUACUCCGCGCUGUUGACGGUUCUCGGCCGAGCUCCUCUCCAUACGGCUCAGUAGCUGUCAGCAGAGAUGCGUCUCCCAUAAGCAGCGAUUCCGAGGAGGGCGAUACUCACCGGCUUCGUCGAGUUGGUUCUCAGAAUCGUAGCAACCGCAGUUUGAGCUCGAGGCGGUCCCUGACCUCACGGAGAUCCGAAGACCUUGACGGAGCCGCCCUAGUGUCUGGUCUGGAAGGACGAUUCGGAUUAGCAGAAGCUCCUCUUCCCAGUGAGAUUCUGGACCACGACAAAGAUGACGGUGAUAUUACCUCAGAAGAUGGGCUGCUACUCGACGAUGCCUCUACGGCGUCUGGCAUUGACCUCGAAGAGAAUUCGCCGCAUGAAAUUGUCCGAGCGUCUGUACCCCCAACAGACAAUACGACUUUAUCUAUAAACACUCCGCGCAUGUGGUGCCUGUCCGUUCUCUUCUCCAUUCUCGGCUCCUCGACAAACCUGUUCUUCUCAUUACGAUACCCCAGCGUUGCUAUCACACCUGUCAUUGCCUUGCUUCUUGUUCACCCUCUUGGCUUGUUGUGGGACAUGGUGCUUAAACGGCCUGAGGAUCCCGAUGAGGUCUUUGUCGACGGCGUUCGCACCGAUGUUGUGAGUGAUGGAGAAGACCAGGCCCGCAGAAGGAAACGUCGAAUUUCAUGGCGGCAAUGGUUCGCCCAAGGAAAGUGGAACGAAAAGGAGCACACUUGCGUAUAUGUUAGCAGCAAUGUUGCGUUUGGCUUCGCCUUUGCCACGGAUGUCAUUGUAGAGCAGACUCGGUUCUACAACCAGCCGGCCUCGAUUGGAUACCAGUUGCUGUUGACCAUUUCCACGCAAAUUUUGGGCUAUGGUUUUGCUGGCAUGGCCAGAAGAUUUCUCGUUCGCCCCAGUGGUAUGAUUUGGCCAGGAACACUCAUGUCUGCUGCCAUGUUUUCGACCUUGCACAAACAGGACAAUAAACCCGCCAAUGGUUGGACAAUCAGCAGAUGGAAAUUCUUCUAUAUUGUCUGGAGUGGCGCUUUUGCAUUUUACUUCCUACCCGGGCUGCUCAUGCCGGCACUCAGUUACUUCAGCGUCAUCACCUGGUUUGCGCCCAAAAACGUCGUCAUUGCCAAUCUCUUUGGCGUGGCCUCCGGGCUGGGCCUGUUCCCCAUGACCUUUGACUGGGCGCAAAUCACAUAUGUUGGGUCACCUCUGCUGGUUCCAUUCUGGGCUGCUAUGAAUGUCAUUGGCGGUCUCGCUAUUGUGAUGUGGAUUAUAGCACCAAUUUUCUACUACUCCAACGUUCUCUACACAUCAUACAUGCCGAUUCUAUCAACUGGUGUCUUUGAUAAUACUGGCAAGAUUUACAACGUCAGCAAGAUCCUGACCCCUGAAUUUCUCUUCGACAGAGAAGCCUACAAACAAUAUAGCAGAGUAUUCCUACCAGUCACAUACAUGCUCAGCUAUGGCAUGCAGUUUGCAGGUCUAGCAGCGCUCCUCACCCACACAGUCUGCUGGCACGGCAAGGACAUCUGGCGGACGUGGAAGAAAUCCUUGGAGGAAGCACGUCAAAAUGGCAAGCCCACGUACCGACCAGUACCAGGCCUACACUCACAGCAUACCACAUCGUCUACUGGAAGUUUGGGUAGCGAAAACUAUAGCCGCAUGUCAGCCUCAACGUCAAACGUGGACAACUUGAUCAGCAGAGAGGACAUUCAUUGCCGCCUCAUGAGCCGGUACAAGGAUGCCCCGUUGAGUUGGUACUUUCUUACAUUUGCCUCCAUGACGGCCAUUGGCAUGUUUAUUGUCGAAUACUAUCCCGUCCAUCUCCCCUGGUACGGCCUCCUGCUUGCCCUCGCCAUCGGCGCCAUAUUCUUUAUCCCCAACGGCAUUAUCAUGGCCGUUACCAACCAGCACAGCAGCAUAUAUCUCAUCUGCCAACUCAUAUGUGGCGUGGUAUUUCCCGGCCGUCCCAUUGCGAACAUGGUCUUCGUCACGUACGGUUACAUAUCCUCGGCGCAAGGCAUCAAAUUCGCCUCAGAUCUUAAACUCGGUCACUACAUGAAAAUCCCUCCUCGAAUCAUGUUCAUUGUACAAGUCGUCGCCACCCUAGUCUCGUCGGUAACGCAAAUCGGCGUGCUGAAUUGGAUGUUCGCAAACGUCAAGGGCAUCUGCACCGCCGACGCUCUCAACGGCUUCACAUGCCCCAUUGCACGCGUCCACUUCAACGGCUCCAUCCUAUGGGGUGUCGUAGGACCAGGCGAGUUCUUUGGCCCUGGAGCCACAUACCGCGCUCUUGUAUGGUGCUUCCCCCUAGGCGCACUCCUUCCAAUUCCCCUUUGGCUCUACGCGCGAAAGAAGCGCCAUAGCAUGAUCCGCAAGGUCAAUCUCCCCGUUAUAUUCGGCGCAAUGUCAUGGAUCCCCCCCGCCACAGGCCUCAACUUCUCCGUCUGGGCCGUUGUCUGCUACGUGUUCAACUACCUCAUCAAACGACGGGCCAACGCAUGGUGGGGUAAAUAUACAAUGACCCUCAGUGCAGCCCUUGAUUCAGGACUCGCUUUUGGCAUUGUCGUUGUCUUUUUCGGCUUCUUGUACCCCGGGUGGAUGAAACACUUCAAGUGGUGGGGGACAGAAGUAUACAAACAAGGUUGCGAUUGGCAAGCUUGUAGCUAUAGAACGGUUCCAGAGGGCGAGACCUUUGGACCGGAUAUUUGGUGA